CCCACCCGGGAGUCGAACCCAGGACCUUUAUGCUGCAACCCAACAGUGCUACCAAGUGCACCACCAUGCAGCCCUACCUACCUAAAAUCAUUUUUAUUCAUUAUUGUUUUCAAUGACUGUCUGCCCAACAUAAAGCUAAGAAGGGGCCUUUCUUUUUUAAUAAAUCCAUCUUUAAAACUACAGCCUCACGAUUUUAACUGGUGAAAGUAGAUUCUGUCUCAUUAAUAAUUGACCCUGCUGUAAUAAAAUCCAGGUCAGAAAGUGGCUGAGCAAAGCCACAAGCUCAGGAUGGCCACAACAACCAUAAAUACGCCUACAUGCGGGGCAGCUGAGACGGUAAAAGUAGGAGUUGUACUCAUUACAAGCCCAGAACAUACAGACUGUGGAGCUUUUGCAGUUGAAGGAUGUAAAAUUAACCACAAAUCCGCAACAAAUAAGGAAGCAAAGUCCUUUACAUUUGAUCAGGUUGUAACAGCUGACACUGCGGAGAGUCUUCACUCCGAGCUCCUACAGCCUCUGACCGAGUCCAUAUCAAGUGGUUAUAAUGUAGCACUGCUGAUGUGUGGAACACCCACAGACAUGGUUGGAUCCCUGAUGGAUAAAAUUAUCCCUAGACAGGUCUUGUCAAAUCUGUUUAGCUUCACGACAUCACAGGAAACAACAGAGUACUUCAUCUCUGUAUCAUUUCUUCAGUUUUACCCAGACGGGGCUGCCGUGGAUCUCGUCAGCCCCAACAAAGAGACUUUACAGCUUGUAACACAUCCAGUCAUUGGAAGUGUUGUAGAAGGUUUAUGUGAGGUGUGUGUAUGUUCAGCAGAGGAAGCCUGUGAUUUUUAUAAAACCUGCAGGGAGACCAUAAAAACCAACACAGAAGGAAUUUCCAGCCGAUGCAGUUCCCUCUUCUCAGUGACAGCUGAGUGGAAACUCUAUCCGGAGCAGGUGGAGUCGGAUGUCUGCCGCAGCAAACUGCAGCUGUUCAGCCUUGCAGGAGGAGCCAGCAAGACUGACCUCAGAGGAGUCAUCCCACUGUUGACGGUCCUUGACCAAACCCUAAAUCCUCCUGUAGUCAGUGACAGCCUCCUUCAUGCACUGCUUAAAGAUGCGCUCACAGGAAACAACAGGACAGUCCUCAUCUACUGCAUCAACUCUCAAGGUUUCCUAGAUGAAACUCAAUCUGCUUUACAUUUGGCUCAGAAAGUGAGAGGAUUAGUCACUAAACCUACUUCUGUUCACUGGAAUCCGAGGUCAGCGGAGCAAGAGCUUCGUGAAAGCAUCAUGGAGCUACAAAAUGUUAUCCUACAAGGAGAAAGUGAGGUUCACAACAUUUACAAGUUAGCUCAGCUGACUCAGAGUCUGAAGAUAGUGAAAAAUCAGUCAUGGGAGAAGAGGAGAGAGGAGUCAGAGAAGAUAAAAUUCAAAAUUAAGAAAUCAUCAAUCAGCAGCCAGCAGUUUUCUGUAGAUUGUCUCGACCAUAAAGAAAGAAGCGAAACAGCAAAAUUUCUACAGGAAAAGUUGAGACAAGAAAUGGAGGAACACAUUAGAGAAGGUAAAGGCAGUGCAGAAAAGGUCCAGGAGAGGGUAACCCGAAUCCAACAGCUGAAAGAAGCUCUCAGAGAAGAAACACUGAAAAACGAGACUGUACCAGGAAAGUCUCAACUCUCACAACAAUCAGAAUACAAUGAAGCACAGGAGCGGAGGAGGCAACUUAAGGAGGAUCACACGAGAUUAAUUCAGGAGGAGGUGGCGAAGAUGGAGAGAGACUUGGCGCAGGAGCAGUCACCGACGGAAAGCCCUCAGAGGGAGCUGCUGGUGUUGAGCAGAGAGAGGCAGGUCCUGGUGAUGCACAUAGAGGCCCUUCGUGCUGAGGCCCAGCAGGCAGAGAGCGACCUUCAGGAUCAGCAUCACAGACACCAAACAGAGCUGCGUUGCUUGAGGGAGGAGAACCUGCAGGUGUUCAGGGUGUUUCGUCAAGUUAGUGAGGAGCAGAGGAAGAUUUCAGAGGGCAGAUACAGGAGUGUGCUGCUGGAAGCUGUGCAGGAUGCCAUCUACCUGUCAACUCAGAACCAGCAGCUGCAAGCUGAAAACAAGCAACUUCGAAAAGCGCUGGGGGAGAUAAAGGAUGCUCUUGCUGUGCGAGGCGAUCCUGUGGCUGACCUGAUAAACCAGCAACAAUGAGGCGCAUACUUAAAAAUCAUGAAAACACACAUUGGUAAAUGGUUCAGAAAAUGUAUUGGUCAUCAACACAACAUGUAACACUAUCCAUGAUGCUGCUGUUUAAAGACGACAUAAUAUUUAUGAUUAUGGAUCCUUGCAGAAUGUCUCUUUAACAAUGUAACAGUGUGAAAUAAAAAAUCAACAUUUGA